AUGUCCCAAACAUCGACAAUGGCGGCCGAUCUUGACCCAGAGCAUCAGCAUGCUGUGGUCGUACCGAAGAAGCAGCGAACUCUCUUUGGGUUCAAGGUACCCAGAUACUCUGAUCCAAUGGUUCAGAUAGUCGUUGUCGGUUUUAUCUUAUUCCUCAAUCCAGGAAUGUACAAUGCCUUGGCCGGUCUAGGAGGUGCAGGCCAAGUCGAUCCGACAGCACAAAACAACGCCGGUAUUGCACUCCAUACGACGUUUGCCGUGAUCGGGUUCGUGGUGGGUAUCGCCCACAAUUUUUUGGGAACCAAAUGGACCAUGGCAAUAGGUGGCAUCGGCUACUGUGUUUACUCGGCCGCAUUUCUGUGCUACAACCACACCAGGAACGAAGGGUUCGUUAUAUUCUCCGGCGCCCUUUUGGGCUUCUGCGCCGCGUUCUUGUGGUGUGCACAAGGGGUGGUGAUGAUGUCCUAUCCAGUCGAGUCUCAACGAGGGCGCGCCAUUUCCAUCACCUGGCUUCUAUUCAACCUAGGAGCAGUCAUUGGCGCCGCCGUGUCGUUGGGCCAGAACUGGAGCGUUAAGGCCGGCCACGUCACAGACGGAACCUACGUUGGUUUCAUCGUCCUCGAAGCCUCCGGCGCAUUACUCUGUUGUUUCCUGACACCCAGUGAGAAGAUCAUUCGAAAGGAUGGGACGAAGGUGCAGAAGGUCAUUCACCCAGGCCUCAAAUCUGAUAUCUUGGGUCUCUACACGACCCUCGUCACGGACCCGUGGGUGAUUCUGCUAUUCCCCAUGUUCUUCGCGUCCAAUUAUUUCUACACGUAUCAGUUCAACGAUGUCAAUGCCUAUUUCUUCUCCACGAGGACGAGAGCUUUCAACAACAUCUUCUACUGGAUCUCCCAGAUCAUUGCUGCCGCCGCGUUCGGCGCGUUUCUCGACUGGACGCGCUUCAGCCGGCGCACUCGGACCCUUGUCGCGUGGGCUAUACUCUUCACAUUGGUCAUGGCCGUCUGGGGAGGUGGAUACAAGUUUCUGUUAUUGACCCAUCGCCACGUCAAGGGUCCUGGAAUGGAUCUUUUCGACAAAGACUACACUUGGUACCUUUUGCUCUACAUGUCCUACGGCAUGCUCGAUUCUCUGUGGCAGGUUUUCUGCUACUACACCAUGGGCGCCAUGUCCAACGACCCUCGCAGACUCGCUUACUACACUGGCUUCUACAAGUCCAUCCAAGCUGUUGGUGCUACUGCAAUUUCUAAACUGGACGCGGACAAAGUCUCAUUCCAUAUCAACUUUGGGACUUCGUGGGGUCUAAUGGCCGGUGGUCUCGUCAUCGCCUUCCCCCUGUACUGGUUCCGGCUUCACAACACCGAGGUAGACGAAGAGGAUUUCAUCGGCGUACCUACUGGGAAGGAGGUGCACAAGAGCACCGUCACGGACGUCGCGGCCAAGGGCGAAGGGAGCGCGACCGUCAGCGAGAAGAAGGCCCCAGAUGAUCAUCACGAACUGGACAAAGCAUCCUAG